UUCUUUUUUCUUUUUUUUUUUUUUUUUUUUAUCUUUCCCCCCACCUCCCCCGCUCCUUUCCUCCUCCUCCUCCUCGCUGCUGAGGCUGCCGCCUCUCCCCGGAGCCCCUGCCGGAGUGAUGGGCUGCAUCGGAUCCCGCACUGUGGGAAACGAGGUGAUUGCGGUAGACUGGAAGGGGCUGAAAGAUGUGGACCAAAUCAACAUGGACAGCACCAGUUCACUGCAUGGCAGCAGCUUCCAUCGACCUUCCACUGAGCAAACACGGACAGAUUUCUCCUGGGAUGGUAUCAAUCUCUCCAUGGAAGAUACGACCUCCAUCCUCCCCAAGCUGAAACGCAACUCCAAUGCUUAUGGGAUUGGGGCUUUGGCUAAAUCAUCUUUCUCUGGCCCCUUAGGGAUAUCUCGCAGCAUGAAGGACCAUGUCACAAAGCCAACGGCUAUGGGCCAAGGCCGUGUGGCUCACAUGAUUGAAUGGCAAGGCUGGGGCAAAGCUAACAGCCAGCAGCAGCAGCACACGCAUGAGACAGCACGCAAAGACGCUGAUGCCUACUCAGACCUGAGUGAUGGUGAAAAAGAAGCCCGGUUCCUUGCAGGAGUGAUGGAGCAAUUUGCUAUUUCUGAGGCAACUCUCAUGGCCUGGUCCUCCAUGGAUGGUGAGGAUGUGAGUGUAAACUCAAAUCAGGAGAACCCUGCAGGCAACUACUCUGAGAACUAUCAGGAGCUAAUGGAGAGUCAAGAGCAUAUGGCCCAGACGCAGUAUGACAGCUGGCCUCAUUCCUACGUCUCGCAGGGCAUGUAUUGCUUAGGUUCAUCCGAUGCCUGGGAGACCAGUGACCAGUCCCUCAUCGCUUCCCCAGCAACUGGCUCCUACUUAGGCCAGAAUUUUGAUGAGUCCCAGACAAACCUUCAGGAAAGCAUUUUGAUUCAGAGCAGCCUUCUCCAGCAGCAACAGCUGCAGCAACAGCGGCAGGAGCAGAACUUCAUCCAGAGCACGGGGCUGGUCCACGUGUGGCCCCUGCAGACUGCUCAGGGUGGGGGUGGGGCUGAAUCCAGCACAUACAUGGAGGACCACAUUGAGGAUGAAGGGAACCCACGGCUGGAGAAGGCUCCUCUCCUAAACAAGAAGCCCUCUCCAGAGGAGGAUGAUGCAGUGUGCCGGGACCUGGAAUCACUGUCUCCUCGAGAGGAGAUGGAACAUGCUGCACUGAGCCGCAAAGUCUCAGAUGUCACCUCCUCUGGGGUGCAGUCCUUUGAUGAGGAAGAGGGAGAAACAAACAACUGAUGCUUUCUGUGAAGUUCUCAUCACUGCUGAACAAAGAGAGGGGUGGCAAGGAAUGAAAUGACAGGGAUUCUUCUCUCCAGCUCCCCAUACUUCUGAGCAGACACACCUUCCAUUCCUGACAUUUAAUUAUUUUUUUAAACAAGAGGAAAAUCUCAAAGUGAUUGACACAUGAAGACCUCUUCUUCCCCUCCACCAUGGACACGUAUUUUUGAUUUUCAUUGCUCUGGGCAACACAUGUGAGGUGCUUGGAGAGAUCUGGAUUGGUAAAUCGUUUCUAAAUCUUUUUAAAACAAAGUCUUGGCUGUGGAUUCAAACUCUUCUGGUACAGGGGAUAUGGCUGAUGAGACAGGCUUGGUAUAGAGAGCGGCUAUGUGGCUAGAAUCCAUCUUGGCAGAAUGGAUGUUGCUCUGUGGACAUGGUCCCCUUUGAUAGAAUAUAUGAAUAUAAACUGGGUUAAAAUGAAGAUAUGGCUUUACAAAUAUAGAUUGCACUAGUAUUGUGAGUGUGGCUGGUACGGAGGAUAAGGCUAUAUUGAAUACAGACUGUACUGGGUUGAAAGAUUCGCUGUGUAACCAGAUCCUCGAUAGCACCUUGAUAUGCAAUUGCAGGCUCGAUGGCUACAAACUGCGCUCCGUAGGCACGAGCAGUGCUGCAGUACAGAUGGUGCGGCUCUGUGGGCAUGGCUCUGCUGCAGCAAGGAAGAAGGGAUGCAGAUCUAACCCUGCUCUCAGAUAUUCAUGCUUUGGGCUCUUUCUAAUCUUUCGUGUAUUUGUUUCUCUCUUUGACGUUUCUACCUUCCCAGGAGCUGGCAAGAGUGGUGUGUCCUUUUGGCAUUGGGCACUGGAUGCCAGUGGAAAGGACAUUUUCAGCUACGGAGAUAGUCAUAAAAAGCUGGCUCUUGCAGGGGGCUCGAGAACAUGUCCAUCUUGGUGCUGCUGCUGUAUCCUUCUGUCUUUUCCCUUGCCAGCAGUAUGGGGAGACCCAGAGAGUAGGCAGCUGAUCCAGGAACAGUGGGUACAGCUAUGAGAUCACAGAUACCCAGUUUACAUUGGAGUUUUCAGUUUUUGGUUUUUUUAACCUUUUUAUAUUGCUGGGUAAGUGUUCCUAACAAAGCAGUUAACAGUGGGAAAGGCCUGUACUCCAGUCAUCACUUGACUGCACCUUUCCCGUUUCUGCCACUCCUUCUGUGGUGCCAAAUGUAGCUGGAGGAAAAGGGGUGAGAGGAAGUUUUCUCCUCCUAUUUAUUUCUUCUUCCUGCCUAUAUUUUCUUCUUUUGUUUUCCUACCCCCAAGCAAUGUAAAUAAUGCUCAGUACUUGGUCUGUUGGUUUUUCCCUGACAUCUCUUUGUUAGGAGUGGUGAAAGCUUAUUUCACGAGUUUUCCCUAUUUGUACGGGUUCUAUAUUUUUUUGUUAAAAAAAUAUGGUUCAUUGACUAGGGGGAAUUUGGUCUCUUGCAAUUCCUCGCCAUGUUUCUACAGGCCUCCUUUUUGUGGGGGGGAGGGUGCUGAAAGGAAAUUGAACAAACUGUCUCCUUUCAAGCUCUCACCAGAAAACAAACAGGGGCAAAAGCAAAAGAAAAAAUCACACAAGGCUGUAGAUUUUGCUGGAGGACUGAACAGAACCAGCAGAGAUUAUCCCAGUGCUGAGUUUUAAUUGCAAUACCUCUUGCAAGGAAGCAUCAGCGAAGCAUGGGUUUAGGUCAGAUGUGGGCUAGAUCUGAUGAGCUAGAGAAAGGAAUUUGCCUGGACGCUGCCGUACUGUCCCGGGGCGACUCUUUCUCACUUACUCUGACUCAUAUCUACUCUGUUUAAUUGGUGACAGGUUUGUCUCUUCUUUGCCUCCUCUUCAGUCUUGGUGUAUUUUUUGGAUGACAGGAGAGUGAUACGCGCUCCUUUCCUGAUUCAGGUUUGGUCCCAGCGUAUUUGCAGGGAAGAAUGCCUGAGGAGAAUAAAAUAUGACGGAAGUAAUAUCAUCGAGUGUCAGAGUUCAGUCAGCUCCUGGCAAGCAAAGCAGAGGAUGUCCAGGAAUUACGGAAAGUACGAAUGGGACUCUCAGGUAGAACUUUACCCCACUCAGCUUUCUCCCACUUAACACAGGCAGCUGCAUGAAGAGGGUCUCCUCUGUGAAUGCCCAAGUCUUUCCAGCCAAGUCCACUUCAAGCGGAUCUGUCUUCCCUCUCCAUUGCACCUCUAAAGGAAAGACCUUUGGGAUAUUUAAAUAAGACUGGUGAUUUAGUGUAGGCAGGAGAUAAAAGUUUUUGUGACCACCUUUUUUUACCCAUUUGCUUGGGCUUGCUUACAUCUCUCUAAGGAGGUAGCUCUUCUCCUGAAUGAUGACCUUUCAAUAUCUCUUUAAAGAUGUUUACACAUUCAGAUACUAACCUCCCCUGGGCAGGAAGGCCAGUGCCAGCUCAUUGUCCUGAGCUGGUUUGGGUCUAGCCAUGGAGCAGGACCUAGGAAAUCACACUAACCAGAACAGGGAGACGGGGCAAGUGCCAAGAGCACCUCAGCAGAUGACAAAUGAGUAAGAGUUAACCUUUUCUUAUUUCUGUUUUUAAAAAGCCUUCAGGGAAACAAAAACGGUCAGGUGUGUUCCUUUAUGGGAGAAGAUUUUGUUGGCUUGUUGCUUUUUUCUCCAAACCAUUUUGUUCCCAUGUGCCUCUCCAGGACCAAUCUGGAUGUUUACGGUAACUUUCAGAGUCGCUUCUAAUGAUCCCUCUGUGUUGUUUACAGGAUUGGGACAAGUGGGUCAACUUGUCCAGGGCUUCUUUUUCUUUUACUGUGGACAUGUGGUAUGUUUACUAAGACGUCUGAUAGAUGUCUAGAAGAUGUACAUUAUCUCCAUGCAAGGCAGUGACGGGGAAUUAUCUACACGGGAAAAAGUGUGAAAAAAAUGGACCUUAUAGAAAAUUCUGUGGAGUUCAAUAGGAAGAGAAAACCUAUCAUCUGUAGAGUUUUCUAAACUCUGUGGAAUGGGAUAGAGAAUUAUACCCUGCUGUAUAAUUCCAUAGCCUGAUCUCUAGAAAGCUGUAGAUAGACUCUCAUUCUCUGUGAAUUCAGACUGGUUUGAACACUGCUCUCUAUAAAACACUUUCAAGCUUACUAAAUUCUAUAAAUUUUUUUUAUAAAGGUCUUGACUUUCUGUGAAUAAUAAAAUUUCAGCCUUUUUCUGAAAACAAAAAAAAAAAAAAAGAAAAGAAAAAAAAGAAAAAGUCUAUUUUCCAUUAUCUCUCCCCAGUCCAAAAGAGAAAUGUAUCUACGUUUGCCAGGAGCUUGACUGGAGAGAGCAGGUCUGCCCAUCCAGACGUGCUACCUGAGUGAGCGCCUUGAGCUGAACUGGAAAGGCAGUUUGAGUCUCUUUGAAAAUGGAAAAUGGUUUGUAUAACCCGGCCUUUCCUUAUGUAACAGGCCUGCUGCUUCUGUGUAUCCAACGUAAGAGAGAGGGACCUGGGACCUACAGUACAUUUCCCAGAAAAGCCGUUAUUAUAUAGCUACACCUAUUCAAACAUAUGGAAGGCACAGGUGCUCUGUGAGCAAAAUUUGGCCUGCAGUUCCUUUGUCCUGGUGAGGAGGGAUGAGUUGGAGAGAGUCCAGCCAAAUCCGCAGAGCCCAAAUUGAAUUUGCGAAGCUGAAAAUAAGAAGGAAAGGUAAGCUCAGUAUCCCUGAUCUACAGUUACUAAGAAACUGAGCCCUGCUGUUCAUUUACACAAAGCCUUUGUAAAGCAGAGCUGCACUACAUAAAAAUUUUGGAUUUUCUUGAAGCAGCGGAGGUAGAAGAUUCCCAUCUUCCCUCAAGCCUUUGUUUUCACCAGGAAUUUGUGGAAAUUGUGCUGAACACGAAGGAGGGCUUAAACUAAUUAAAUCUAAGGAAAAAAGAUCUCUGAUUCCACUGCAGGAAAAUUCUCUCUUGUUCUUUUUCCCAUGAUUGCUCGUAUCUGAUCAGUUCCACUAUUUCAUAAGUUUUUCUUUUAUAUAAAUGUUAAGCUUUCUUUACAUGCUUUGUGAGUUCUCUUCAACUCCAUUAGCUCAGGCUCUGGGAUGGAGAAGUCAAUCCGCCUCUUUCACUUUCUGUGUGUCUAACUCAUCUUCUUCUUCUGGGAAGCUGCUGACAAGUCACCCACUUGCUUUUCCCCCUUUAAAAACCUUAACACCGCUUUUCAUGAUAGGAACAGAGAAUACCGGGGAACAGCGUUUAACUGUACCUCUAAGCUGAUCAGACGGUGAGCUGCUGCGAAGGAGGCAGCCCUCUGCCCUGACUGCGCUCGCCUCCCGCAAUCCUUGUGCAGAUGCUGAUGCACAGCUGGCCCCACAGCAAGCCAGCGCACUUUUACCCUGCUAUAAAAGUGAAGAGGGAAGAGCUGUGGGCAGAGGGAGAGAGAGCACUAGUCUCUGCAGCUGGCCUUUAUAUCAGGUUAGGGAAACUGGGAGAGUACCCUCAUCUUCAUGAUGAGUCUAAGCUGCUAAUAGGAGCUGUCAUGCCUCCUCCCGUGCAUCACCACCAGCUAUAUGCUUCUACUGCCCAAGAAGCACAGUGCUAACGCUCAUUUGGCUGCUCAGGAACUGGCCCCAUGGAAAACUAGCCCAGUCCCCUACCAAAAUAAAGGGGUUCAGUGGGAUCAGCUCUUUGUAUUGUUUCACUUGGUGAGGCAGGCGUCACUGAGGGCUGGUGAAACGUGGAGAUGGUCAUGUUAAAGAAUAUUUCUUCGGUUGCAGAUGCGACUUAAAUUGGCUUAAGCUGGUUGUGAAAUAUCUGUCUGAGGAGAAUAAAUCCAGCUGGGGUACUAGGGAGGACAUAUUCCCCACUUCCUUCCCUAGUGUUUUCCUUAGAAAUUCUAGUAUGCUCUUAUCUGAUUUGGUCUUUGUUGUUAUUUGAUGCCCUGUGAUUUCCCUCACUAUUCCCUUCCCUUCCACAGGCUCCUUUGAGCUAAACCCUUGCAAUCGUGCAGGAGGAGACAAGUAAUUUGAUAUACUCAUGGAAUUAAUAAAAUUAACAUGCACAAAUCUCGUUUGCACUCAGUGAUUACACUCCAUGGCAGCUAAAGAUACUUAUAAGUCUUCUCCUGUAAUUGCAAGAGGCAGAACCUUGUUCAGGAGAGAGGCACAGCUGGUGGAGGUGAGGUUUAUCCCUAUCUUUAAGCCAGUUCCAGUCUAGUGUGAGAUACAGGGUGGCACUUCACACCUGGACAGAGCCUGUGCGUGAUGUACUGUGUACAGCAACGACUAAAAUAUAUUAGUUGUAGGUCCAGAGAAGAGAACAGGAGAGAAGGAAGCUGUUCUCUUCAUUUGACAGAGGUGUGGGGGUGAGGCAAGGUAGUGUGCAACAGUACAGGUGGAGGACACCUAUGUGUGUUCUGUGCAAUGGCAAGGAGAACUCUAGCCAGAGAGGGAAAGACACUGAGAGAAAGGCUUGGGAAAAAGAUCCAGAAAAGCUUCAUGUCUUACGUUUACACAACACUGGUAGGAAGCCUCACGGCAGACUCCAACAGAAUGGGCUCAGGUAUAGGAUUGCUACACAAGCUGUAGCUCCAGGACUGGUGCAGCUUAUAGUACUCCUUAGUCCAAGCCACACUUCUUUCUGUAAGACAGUGAUAGGAAAGAGACCUUUCUGAAUUUGGGCACCUGCUGGCUUCUUAUUCAUCGUCUUCAAAAAACGGUUCACAAUAUGCUUAAUUCUUCAGUGGAAUCACAUAAGAAAUACACCAAAUAAGAACUUAGCCAUUGUCCAGAUCAAGUUAUUGUGAGUUCUGUUCUCAUCGGAAACCCAAAAUAUCUAAAUUUAGCUCAGUUUGCCCUAACUGUUAACUGUUGUAUUGGUAAUUGCCUAAAAGAAGAAACAAACUAAAAUAAGCCCACCUCUAAAUGUUGUAGAGAGCAGAGCAACGUUGACAUAGUCUAAGCUCUUCCUUCUAAUUUCUCCCAGAUGGAAAUUCCCACGUUCCUUGUUCAGACAACUCUAAACAAGCAAGAAUUUCCCUUAAACUAACUGUUUGACUGUUUUUCCAAAAGAAAAAGGAAAAGAAAGGAAAGAAAAAAAAUAAAUCAAUUCCAAUACAGAGAUUAUCAGCAGCUGAUAAUCUAGAAAAAUAUAAAUAAGUAACAGUUUCAUCUUUGAUUCUCCUCCCCUGUAGCAAUCUGACAGGGAAACAUUUCUAUGCCAUGGCUCAGGGAAAGGAAAAAUAAACAGGGAAAAUGUGAGUAAAGCAGUGCCUAUUAGAACUACAUGUAUGUGUAGGACAGCCUACAGUCAUUAAAGCACAGUCUCAAAUAUGAAUGCAAGCUGUAAAGUCAACGUCAGGUGCCUCUUUUGUAUCAUAGGCUUUUCCCAGGAUAAGUAGUAGUGAACCAGCACAGGAGCAGGAGAGAACAGCUGGGCAUCUGUGCCAGACCAAUGUCUCUCUCUGUCUCGGAAAGUGUCAUGGAGCCUGGGCGAGAGUGUUGGGGACACUGUCCUCUUUCAGCAGCACAGCCAGCUUCAUGUAUUGACUGGGGUAGGAAUGAAGCCAAAUGGUUAUUAUGUUAGCAAAUGGACGUGGAAGACCUAUGCUUAGAAUAUUAGGGUUUAUUCACAUCCUUGCACUGACAUCUUUCCCCAGCAUAGGCAGAACAAAGUGUUAUCUUUUCCUUGGAAAUCAAAAGAAGCUCUAUGAUUGGCAGUGUUGGUCUGCACAAAAGAAAAUAUAUAUAUACGUGAUAUAUUUUUCCAGUGCAGAUACACGUUGUUGGAAGAGGAAAAAUUUAGUCAGGCUGCGACUCUGUGAGAAAGAGGAUCUUUUUUCUAAAAUUGUAAAAACUUGUUCAAGAGUGUUGUCACUGCAGAUAUCAUAGAAUGGUUUGGGUUGGAAGGGACCUUAAUGAUUAUCUAGUUGCAACCCCCCUGCCGUGGGCAGGACUUAUAACUGCGGUCUUCUAGGAAGAGAGAGGUUGCAGUGUUCUGUGGAAAGAACGCUACUCUCAUCUUUCCCAUCUCCUUUGUCUGGGGACAUUUUAAAUGCCCUCUGAAACCUAGUCUUGUUUUUGCUUUCCCAUAAGGCAUCAAAUGUUCGUGCUAGCAAGACAAAAACAUCUAAAAAGGCUUUUCUCCAUUAUGGAGACAAGAUCGUGCACCGAGAUUUACUUCUAAUAAGAUAAAGGCAUCUAGUCCAGAUUCACUGGCCUUCUGGAUUCAUUUUCAUUGGGCAUGGAAAUCCAGUCAAGAGUUGGAGGUCAAAAGGUUAAGAACCCUCUUCCAGAGCUCUGCCAAGUUCCCACGAGGCAAGUACAGGUGGACUUCCCUUCUUUUCAGAUACUGCAUGUGUGAGCAAUGCAGCAAGCCAAAAGCUCUUUUGCAGGUAUAUAUUCUUGUUUGGCUUCAAUUUUCCUUCUCCAAUUUGUGGAGGUUGUGCAUGAUUGGAGGUCUCUGGGAAUCCCUACCAUAUAAAAUUGGGACUCGAAAGUAAUGUUACAGGGAAGGGGAUUUCUCUUGUUUGAGCUCUUUUCAGAUAUGGGAGGGUACAGACUGAUGGUUUGGGAGGGACAAGGGUGGUGGAUGGGAAUCUCAAGGGUGGCAUGCAGAAUGAUUCCUGAAGCAUGUUUAAAAGUAACUAAAGGCUUGGGUCUUCAAAUGUUGUAUUCUCAGUAUCUGAAAUGGCUUUAGUGUAAGCGUAUGGGACAAUGGAGUUUGCCAUGAAGCAAUUUUAAAGAGCUUCCCCCAAGCCUGUACACAUUUUCUGAAGGGGGGAGGCUGCAUGGUGAUAAUGUGUAUUCUUUCAAGCUAGUGUUUACAGAGGUGCGUUGAUGUUUGGGGGGAAAGUACUGAAUGGAAGUAAAACAAAAAGGGAAAGGGACCCACUAGUGAAAGCUUUCAUCCUUACCUUGUCCCACACUAGCCCUUAAUAACUAAAAUGAGUCUGAUUUGCCUUUGGUCUUCCAGCUCCAAAACAUGUUUGCCUGAAAAUUUUUUGUCGGAUAUACUUCGCAUGUUUUGAUAAUGUGACUUAUGAGAUAACACUUCUACGAAGAUAUAUAUAAAUACAUACAUGUACAACCACAUACAUACAUGUACACACACUACAUAUAGACUUAGGAAACUAUAUGGCACUAUACACCUCCAUGCCUGUAUGUGGCAGCAACCACAGUAAAGGAGGGGAGGUAGCUCAAAAUAGCAUGUACAGUCCUUUAUGGAGUUGUUAUUAAACAGAAUGUGGUCUUGCCGUC